AUGGCAAUGACUCAACUCUGCCUCCAAACUUUGUCUCUCGUUCCUCAACUAUCCUCUCCUCUUCCUGCUUUCUUCCACGUGCGCGCUCGGGAGACACAAACCUGGCCUCCCCGUCGCCUCCUGGCCUUUUAUCGCCAGCCCUGCCGGGACCGCCCCUUUCGGGAGAAGGGGAGGGCGAGGGGAGCCGCGGAGACGGGGAUUGGGCGUCGCGGGGCGGACCGGCUCUGCCCCCCGGACCCUCCCCUUGGCUCCCAGCCUCCGCCGGGAAGCAGCCAGACUCAGCUCUGGGUGGCGGUGGCUUCCCGGCGAAGGGCGCGCUCCCCAGGGAAGCAGGGCGCAGCGGAGUCCCCUUGGAAGCGCCGGUCACAAGCACUCCCACAUCCAGCGCCUGCCGCUCGCCUUCCAGCAAAAGAGGUCUUUGCACUCCCACACGCACCCACUUCCACGCGCUUCCUUUCUGGUGGGCAGCUCCAGACAAAAGCCCAGUCCCUCUUGGCAGGCGAACAAGGUCCCUCCGCCGUCACUGAGGGAAAGAGCCUUGUACAGUAUGACCCCGGAAUCCAUAGAGGAUAUGUUCCUGAACUUACAACAGAAAUAGGAAACCAUGGAUAGUAUCAAACUGUACUGAAAUGGAUGGCUUCCACCAGAAAUUACUAUAAAACUGUCCUGGAGAAUGUAGAAAAUUCCUACAAAGGACAUAUUUCGUUGGGUGUUUUUACUGUAUCCUGCGAAUACAAGGGUCGUACUAUAUUAACUCCUUAUGCUGUUUCUACAUUUUGUUGAUUUACAAUCUGUAAUUUAGAUGUAUUUAAUUGGUAUUGUUGUGACUGGAUGCACACAAUAUAUUUAACUAAGUGCACAAAUUGUUUUAUCACUGCACAAAUGUAAAGUAAACAAAAAUUACUCCAUGAUAAGAAAUAAGAUGAAAAUAGUAAUAUAAAGAAUUAUCCCACCGGGUAUUAAAGGAAGAGAAGUGGGCUAAGAACUGGCGCUUGGUGGAAGAAAAGACAAGACCACUCUAAAGACAAUCGGAAGUGUAUAUACUGAGUUGUGUUGUUUUAUUUUUUUUCUUUUCUAUUAUUCUUUUUUUCUCUCUUAUCUUUUUCACUUUUUCAUCUUGUGUGUAUGUAUUUUGUUGUUGUGGUUGUUGUUUUCUUUGGCUCUUUUAUUAUAUUGGAAAAUUGGUGAUUAAUAAAAAGCAUUUAAAAAAAUUACCUGGCACUUCCUUUGUAGAAGUAAAUGCUAGUAGAAGUGCCUUUGGCAUCGAUCACAACUGUGAGCCUUCUUCAAGAAGUCUCUUCUACCUGGAUCUUGCAAUUUUGCCCACUGUUCUGGAUAUCUCAUCUCAAAAAGUAUGAGACUACUGGUGAAACUUAACUCUGAACACUUGUCACAACUUCCUGUGUUCAUCUUGACAACAUAAAGGGUUUUUUUUUUGUUUUUUUUAAAUGGCAUGUUUUGAUAUAUGUAUUUUAUUGUAUGCAUUUUAUUUAUGUUGCUAUGUUUUGACUUUGUUGCACCCCAUGUUGAGCUGUUAAGAGAGGUGGGUAACAAAUCAAAUGUAUUAUGAUUAUCAGUUAAAUCAAUUCCAAUUCCAUAUUAUAACAACAGAUUGUAGAAAAAUCAAACAGGAUUGAAUACUUUAGCACUCUGGAUCUUUAUAAAGCUUUUUUUUAAAAAAGAAGCAUCUUCAACUUUAUUGAUAUUUGGAUUUACUUAAUAUUUAAUGUUGCGGUUUUGUUAAUUCACCAAAAUAAUAAUUGU